AUGAAGAAUAUAUAUGGGCGAGCUUUGAACAGCCCUCUGAGUGGAUUCAGUACUCCUCAUGGACUCAUGACAGAGAGUCAGAAAUCAUUACAAAGUCCUGAGGCCAAACUUGGUAUGAAGAGUAGUAAUAAUCGAACAUCAAUAAAGAUGAAGAACGAUUUGAAGACUCAAAGUUUAAUAAAGCGGAAUCAGAGUAGUUCCACCAAGUUUGAUUCUAAUUUCCUCACAAGCUUAUCUAAGUUCUAUGAGCUGCCAUCCGAAGGGAAAGAUUCCUCGAGAAAAAUAAGCAAGCCAGCACGGCAUCAUAUUAGAGAUCUUCCUUCAAUUAAGGCUAAGGGUAAGAAACAACAACUGUUGGAAAAUGAGUCAAAGAGAUUUUUAAAAAUUUGAAACUCUUCUAAAAAUUCCGAAUAUUUCUCUCAACUAAGAGACAAGAUCAGAGAAGAAAGUAAGGAUAAGGCACAGUCCAAGAGUCUUGGAACUAGCUUAUCAAAUUACAAGAAUGUCCCACAAAUUAUUAAUUUGGAUCAGAGUAAUUUUACAUCAAAAAAACGAAUUACUUCACAUACCGGCAUCAUGAAGUUUUCAGGACCCUCUUCAGCUAAAUUUUUGAAGCCUGAAGUACUGAAUAUGAAGGCCCGUACAAACAUUAUCAGUAAUGCCUUGCCUUCAAAGUUUUCAAGGAAUCCAAGAAAAUCAUUAAAACUAAAAUUCUUAGGAGGAAAUCAGAAAAUGUUAAGAGCAUACAGGUAUUCUCACAGUCAGCAAGUGAAUAGUUCAUCAAAAGUUAUGAGAAGGUUUGGAGAUCUUCCCCUAUUUCCUUUGGACUCCACUCCAGGGUUAUCCAGAGGACAUCCAUUUGUGAUAAACAAAAACCCAGAGUCUAUCAGCUUGAGUAAGAAUAAGCGUACUAAAAGGAUAAUCGCGAGAGAGAACAUUCGAAAUUGUCUAAAGAUUUUCAAUAUGAAAGAUGUUUCGAAUACUCGGACUUCAGAUGCUUCUCGAACAUUAUCCCAAUGUAACAAAUUCCUCACAAUUGAGAGGGAUGUUAUAAAGGAGAAACCGAAAGAUCUUACGUUAGAAAACCAGUUCAACCCUGAUAAGGAUCUGGCUUCCUACGAAAUUUCGCAGGAUGAUGAAGUCUAUUUGCAACAAAGCUUCGGGUUUAAACUCUAA